AUGGACCCAAUUUUAAUUUUUUCCAUGGAAAUGUGGGCUCUGCUGGCUAGCAUCCUGGUGCUCCUCUACCUUUAUGGGACCUCUUCACAUGGACUUUUUAAGAAGAUAGGAAUUCCUGGCCCCAAACCUCUCCCUUUUGUUGGGAAGCUACUUGACUACAGGAAGGGUUUGUGGAAAUAUGAUACAGAAUGCCAAAAAACGUAUGGGGAUUUGUGGGGAUUGUAUGAUGGGAUGCAGCCUCUUCUGGUCAUUGCAGAGCCAGACAUGAUCAGAAAAGUGCUAGUGAAGGAAUUUUAUUCUGUCUUCACAAAUCGGAAGCUUUGUGGUCCAAUUGGAUUAUUGAGAAAGGGUGUCGCUGUUUGUGAGAAUGAAGAGUGGAAGAGAGUUCGAGCAUUACUAACUCCAACCUUCACCAGUGGAAAACUGAAAGAGAUGUUCCCCAUCAUCAAAACGUAUGGAGAUGUGCUGGUGAAAAACAUGAGCAAAGAAGCAGAGAAAGGCAAGCCCAUUAGCAUGAAAGUGAUCUUUGGGGCCUACAGUACGGAUGUGAUCACUGCCACAUCGUUUGGAGUAAACAUUGAUUCUCUCAACAACCCCCAGCAUCCCUUUCUGAAAAAUACCAGAAAGCUAGUAUUAUUUGGUUUUUUCAAACUACUGUCUUUCUCUAUAGCACUCUUUCCAUUCCUUCGCCGAAUAUAUGAAAAAUUAAAUAUCUCCGUAUUUUCAAGUGAAGCUAUAGCAUUUUUAAAGACUUUUGUAGAAAAGACCAAAAAAGACCGACUUGAAAAUAACCAAGAGAACCGAGUGGACUUUCUUCAGCUGAUGUUGAACUCCCAGAAUUCCAAAAAUGUGGAGUCUCAUAAAGGUCUUUCUGAUAUGGAGAUCAUAGCCCAAUCGAUCAUAUUUAUUUUUGCUGGCUAUGAGACUAUAAGUACUACUCUUUCUUUUAUUAUGUAUUCAUUGGCCACUCACCCUGAUGUUCAGAGGAAACUCCAGCAGGAGAUCGAUUCAGUAUUGCCCAAUAAGGCACCUGCCACUUAUGAAGCCCUGGUAAAACUGGAAUAUCUGGACAUGGUGUUAAAUGAAACUUUGAGAUUAUAUCCAAAUGGUUACAGGAUUAACAGAGUCAGUAAGAAAGAUGCUGAAAUAAAUGGUGUGUUCAUUCCCAAAGGGACACAGGUUUGCAUACCUAUUUUUGUUCUUCACCGAGAUCCAAAAUACUGGCCAGAGCCUGAGGAGUUCCGCCCUGAAAGGUUCUCCAAGAAAAACAAAGAUGCAAUCAAUCCUUUUGUAUACAUGCCUUUUGGGAAUGGUCCUAGAAACUGCAUUGCCAUGAGGUUUGCUCUCAUUACCAUGAAGCUUGCUGUUGUCAAAAUCUUGCAGAACUUCUCCAUGGAACCUUGUGAAGAAACACAGAUUCCCUUGAAUUUAAGUGGGGAAGUACUUCUUUAUCCAGAAAAACCUAUUAACCUGAAGACUAUAUCAAGAGAUGGGGUCAAAAAUGAAAACUGA